GUGAGCGACACAGAGAACAUCAGGAAGAAUCUGGCCAUUGAAAGGAUGAUCGUUGAAGGCUGCGACAUUUUGUUAGACACCAGCCAGACCUUCGUCAGACAAGGUUCUCUCAUCCAGCUGCCGUCCAGCAGCGAACGGGGCAUGCUCAGUAAGGUGCGUCUGGGUUCGCUCUCACUGAGGAAGGAAGGAGAGAGGCAGUGUUUCCUGUUCACCAAGCACUUCCUCAUCUGUACACGGACCUCUGGAGGGAAGCUGCACCUGCUGAAGCAGGGAGGAACUCUGUCUCUGAUUGAGUGCACUCUGAUUGAGGAACUAGAUGCCAGUGAUGAAGACUACAACGCUGCAGGUCAAGGCUUCAGUCACCUGGAGUUUAAAAUUGUGGUGGAGCCCCCUGAUGGUCAGAGCUUCUGCGUUGUUCUCCUGGCUCCUUCCCGCCAGGAGAAGGCUGCCUGGACCAGCGACAUCAGCCAGUGCAUCGAUAACAUCCGCUGUAACGGCCUGAUGACCAGCGUCUUUGAGGAGAACUCUAAAGUUUCUGUGCCCCACAUGAUCAAGUGAGGAAAUGAUCUCAUUCUGGCUGUGCUAAAGUCUUACAUUUGACAGAUU